UAAAACUAGCCAUUGCACAUAGAAAAUUACCGAGUGCUUCUUUGCUUUAUCUUGGUGACUUUGAGAAUAAGAUUGCUCUGUUUUCAGUUUGUUUAUUCCAGAGAGUUUGAAAGCUUUCUUCGAAUCCCCAUCUUUGUUAAAGAAUGUGUAUAGCUUUGUUUCUUUGGCAAGCCCACCCACUCUACCCUUUUCUUCUUUUAAACAACAGAGACGAAUACCACAAUAGGCCAACGAAGCCAGUGGAAUGGUGGGAAGGUAGUGAUAUAGUUGGAGGAAGAGACGAGAUCGCAAAAGGGACAUGGUUGGCUUGUUCAAGAGAGGGAAGAAUCGCUUGUCUCACCAAUGUUUUGGAGGUUCACACCCUCCCUGAGGCUAAAACCAGAGGAGACCUAGUUGUUUCAUUUCUCAAGAGUAAAGAGCAUCCCAAGGAAUUUUCAGAAAGCCUAAAAACAAAGGCGCAUUAUUACAAUGGGUUCAACUUGAUCGUGGCUGAUAUUUCAUCCAAAUCAAUGGUUUACAUCACCAACAGGCCCAAAAGACAAUCUAUGACCAUUGAAGAGGUUUCUCCCGGGCUACAUGUUCUUACAAACGCAAGCCUAGACUCACCAUGGCAUAAGGCUCUGCGCCUUGAAGUCGGUUUUAAGAAACAGCUUGCAAAAUAUGGAGUUGGUGAUAUACCUGUGAAGGAGUUAAUUCACAAGCUAAUGAAUGACAGAACUAAAGCUGAAGAAAGUCGUUUACCUCAUAUAUGCUCUCUUGAUUGGGAAUACGAUUUGAGCCCCAUUUUUGUUGAAGUAGAAACACCGCUGGGUCUAUAUGGCACUAGAAGUAGUGCUGCUGUAAUUGUAAGAUGGAAUGGGGAAGUAAAUUUCUUUGAGGCAUAUCUUGAUGAUGGAGUGUGGAAGGAGCAUGUCAUUGAUUUCCAUAUUCAGAAUCUAAAGUUGGCAAAGUGCAUGUGAAACACCAAGCUGGCACUAAUCGAGUUCGGAAGCAAAAGCAAUAAGCCUUUGCUGGUUUUCCUUUGGCUUUUCUGAAACUGUUGUACAUGUUCAUACUUCAUAUACAUACUGUGUGUCUGUUAAUACAUAAUUUGGAAUUCGAUUCAAUGAAGAAAAUGCAUUUUGUUGAGAAAAGGAAA